GUCAUGUUCUGCGUAUCCCAAUUAUCAUUACUGUGAUCUAUUUGGCAUAGAUACUUGGCCUGGCAUGAGCUUACAUCUGCGUUGCUUCAAGAGUGACUUCUAUGUCUAAGCAUCAUGGUAAAGAAUGUGGCGUUGAAGAUCGAAAGUAGUACACGUGGAAUGAAUGAGGCUAUUGUUCGACACGAUAAGAUUAGAUCGCUUCUCAUAUUGUACUCGGUUCAACCAAGAAGGUACUCCGAGAGCCGCUUGCCGUCAUCGCGGGGUAUACUUACGAAUCGAAUUCGCAGGGCUCGAAGCUUGAACCAGAACCAAUCGUAUUGUAUGCAGCGGCUUCUGGCAAGUCGCCCUAUAUCCUUUUCGCCCAUACUGCGACGACCCUUCACUCGAAAUAGAUUGAAACCACCGCCACGACUUUUCCUUCGCACAAUGGCCACACCUUCCCAGGAUAUCCAGUGGCAGCAUGUUCAAACUAAGGGUCCGACACCAUCAUAUAAUGUCUUCCCCAAGCCUGUUCGCAAGUCAGAAAACGAUGAUCGAGAAUACAGGAUUAUUCGGUUAGAGAACGGUUUAGAGGCUAUGGUCAUCCAAGAUGCUACGGCGGAUAAAGCUGCCGCCAGCUUGGAUGUUGCGGUUGGACAUCUUCAUGACCCCGAUGAUAUGCCAGGCCUUGCACACUUCUGCGAGCACUUACUUUUCAUGGGUACUGAAAUUUAUCCUAAGGAGAAUGAAUACUCAGAGUACCUGGCAAAGAACAAUGGCUAUUCGAAUGCAUUCACAGGCACCACGAAUACGAACUACUUCUUUACAGUCUCUACGGGAGCGCUGUCUGGCGCUUUGUCCCGCUUUGCGGCCUUCUUCCACUGUCCACUCUUCGACCCUUCAUGCACGACACGCGAACUCAAUGCUGUGGACUCCGAGCACAAGAAGAACCAUCAGAAUGAUAUUUGGCGUAUCUACCAGAUCAACAAGCAUUUAAGCAAAGAAGGCCACCCUUGGAGGAAGUUUGGUAGUGGUAACAAGGACAGCUUGACCAAGGUUGGAAGGGAGUUGAAGGCAAAAGGCUUAUUGAAUGGAACAUCCAGAUCUGCGACAGGAAGCCUGGCUGCUACGCCUAGUGCCUCAAGAGUUCCCUCACCAGCUCCGUCUGCUGGCGAGUCGGAGGAUGACGGCGGUGUUGUCGGAAGGGAAACUAGAAGGCGACUUGUCGAAUGGUGGAGCAAGGAGUACGAUGCUAAUCGUAUGCGACUAUGCGUCAUAGGCAAAGAACCCGUUGAGGAGCUGUCUGAUCUUGUUAGCAAACUGUUUUCCCCUAUACCAAACAGUAACCUCGAUCCUUUGCCAAUGAUUCCGGAACAUCCAUUUGGACCUAAUGAAACAGGCACCCUUGUGUCCGUUCAGACAAUCAUGGGCUUCCAUGCGCUCGAAGUCUCCUUCCCUCUUCCGUAUCAGCCUCCGUUUUGGCGUCAUCAACCUGGAAAUUUCCUCGCCCAUUUCAUCGGUCAUGAAGGUCCUGGUUCACUUCACUCGUACCUCAAGCAUAAGGGUUGGGUCAGUGCACUAAGUGCUGGUCCUCAGCCUCUUGCGCGAGGCAUUGCAAUGUUUAAAGUAACCCUUCGUUUGACCAAGGAGGGCUUCGAAAAUCACAGGGAAAUUACGCUUGCUGUAUACAAGUACCUUUCGCUUCUCCACUCGUCUGAGUUCCCGGCUUGGUAUCAACGCGAGAUUCGGACGAUCCGGUCCAUGCAGUUCCAAUUCGCAGAAAAGCGCCGACCGGAGGAUUACGCCCUUUGGGUUGCGGAACAUAUGUCAUGGCCUGUACCUCGCGAUGCGAUCAUUAGUGCACCUCGAGUGGUUGAAGAUUGGGAUUCCAAAAACCCGCUUGGACCUGGAGGAGGUGAGAGAGAAGUGCGCGAGACAUUGGAGGGCCUCAAUGUAGAAAAGGGAAGAACAGUUUUGAUGGCGAAAAAGGAAGAACAUGAGAGAAUCGCUGGGGUGAAGGACUGGCAGACCGAACCAUGGUAUGGAACUGGGUUUGCAGUAGAACGAUACGAUGAGGAAUUUGUCAAGCAGGCACAAAGUCCCAACGAUAUUGCUGAGCUCUUUUUGCCUGGGCCGAAUGAGUUCAUCCCGGAAAAUCUUAAGAUCGAGAAACGGGAGAUUGAAACGCCAGAAAAACGACCUCAUCUUAUUCGGAAAACACCGCUAUCUGAACUUUGGCACAAGAAGGAUGACCAGUGGUGGGUUCCAAAAGCACAGGUCAUCAUUGAUAUCCGAACGCCAGUGGCGAACGAAUCUCCGCGAGCUUCAGCUAUGACUCGUCUUUUCGCUGAACUAGUGACGGAUUCCCUGACCGAGUACUCUUACGAUGCCGAUCUCGCUGGAUUGACGUACUCGUUUGCAUCCCACAACCUCGGCGUCUUCGUGUCUCUCAACGGAUAUAACGAUAAGCUUCACGUUCUUGCGAAGGACAUCUUCGAGAAGGCACGUACUCUGAUCGUCAACCCAGAGAGGCUCGAGACGAAGAAACAAGAGCUCAAGCGGGAUUGGGAGAAUUUCUUCUUUGAGCAAUCCUUCCGAUUGUCGGAUUACUUCGCGAGAUAUGUUCUCACUGAGAAACAUUGGCUCUUGCAGGAGAAACUGGAUGAGAUUUCAACCAUUACUGCGGAAGAAGUACAAGCUCAUAUCGCAAGGCUCUUGUCCGAAGUGCAGAUUCGUGCGUUGAUAGUUGGAAACAUGUACAAAGACGAGGCAAUCCGCCUUAUGGAACAAAGCGAGGAAAUUCUUCAAGCGUCACCAAUUUCCUCCGAUCAACUGUAUGAGACUGCUCUGUUCCCACCCCAAGGUUCGAACCUUAUUCUCUCAACACCGGCGUCCAAUCCAAAUGAACCAAACUCUGCUCUGACGUACUUCAUUUAUGCGGGCAGCCUGCUUGAUCGCCGGUUACGAGUUAUCUCUUCUCUGGUAAUCCAACUCCUGACCGAGCCUGCGUUCAACAUCCUGCGCACCAGAGAGCAGUUGGGUUAUAUUGUAUCAUGUUCCCCAUGGACAUUGUCAGGGGACGGAGUGAGGGGAAUUCGUAUCGUGGUUCAGAGCGAGCGCUCGCCUGCGUACCUUGAGCAACGAGUGGACGCCUUCCUGGACGAAAUGAAGGAAACUAUUGAGAAAAUGCCGGAGGAUGAGUGGGAAGCGCAAAAGGAAGGUCUCAAGCAUAAAUGGGUCGAGAAACACAAAAAUAUGAGCGAAGAAACCAAUAGUUAUUGGCCUCAUAUCGACUCUGGCUACUUGGAUUUCCUUCGCCGCGAUGAGAACGUUGAAAUUCUCCCCAGCGUCACUAGGGAGGAAGUCUUGUCAUUCUUCAACACUUACGUUCAUCCUGCUUCAUCAAGCCGUGGCAAACUCUCAGUGCACGUCAAGUCUCGGAAACCUCGACCAGCGAAGAUCAGUCUUCCUGCCAUCGACGCGAUAUCAGAACUGGUCGCAAGCAAUGGCGUCACGCUCGACCCGCAAUUCAAGGAAAACCUCACGACCGACGGUGAACCAUCUGUUGAGCAACUAACUGCUGCUCUGAAGGAUGCGUUCGUCUCUGCGCAGGUAUCCCCCGAACAAUCUCAGCAGAUUGCUUCUCAUGUUUCCGCCAUUUGUGAGAAAUUCCCGGCAGACAGCGCAGACGAGGGUCAGUUGCCGGAGAACGCGAAGGUGAUAGAAGAUCCUAAAGUUGUCAAGGCAGAGCUGAAGAGAUCGGGCCCGCCAAAGCCUGUUACAGAUUGGGGUGAUCUACCUAUUUCUAGAUUCUAGUUGUCUUUGAAGGUCUAUCGAUGGACUUUAAUGUAUUUUCCGUAUUCUAGACAUCUUUAUUGUGUAACUCCUUUGGAUACGCAGUCAGAAACCCCAAGCAACGUGUUUGGUAGAUGCUCGCAGUGACGUUGUUGACUAACUUGACUUAACCUUCGAGUCUUUCAACAACGUUGCAUCAAGACACAAGUGCACAUGUGCACCAUAGUACGUAAAUAGACAGUAACUUCUCCUACAUUUUACUACUGAUUGUCAUCCGAGUCACAUCUACAAGCCGACAGAUACAUAAACCACGCUAGCUCGC